AUGAACACUGAUCCCGCAGUCGAUGAGUUCAUCGCCAGAAUUGAAAAUUUCCCAAAGCCUCAAAAUCCUGGUCAACGGAGACGUCUGUGGGAGGCAGCAAGAGCUUUACAGACAAGAAUUGAAGACGAAAAUACCACUCAACACCGGAUCCUAGGUUCACCUCUCCUCCUGAUUGUGUCUCGGCUUGCUUCUGAUCUCGGGAUAUUCAACGCCCUCAUCGAUAAUGUCACCCCCUCCUCUGUUCCAGAUCUUGCUGUGAGGUGCAAGGUAGAUGAGCGACUGCUAGCUCGUAUCCUGCGAUACCUCUCGUCACAGCACCUAGUAACCGAGUCCUCCCCCUCACACUUCACUACCUCCGUCCUCACCAGAACCCUCGCCAAACCAGCCUACGCAGCCGGUCUUCGGUUCGCCCAUGAAUGCAUUCUCCCUGCAACAUCCGCCGCCCCAGCAUUCUUCGAGUCCACACACUAUGCCCAUCCAACCUCACCCACCAACACCCCCUUUCAGCUGGGCCAGGGCGUGUCCGACCACAUGUUCACCUGGCUGAAGCAGCGCCCAGCCCUAGAAGCAGACUUCAACGCCAUGAUGGCCGAAACCCACCGCUGGCAACGCAGCGUCUGGGAACAACUCCCCCUCCCCGCCGUGCUCGCCGACCGGGCCGCCGCCUUUCCAGACCGCACCACCGUCGAAACCACGCCCUCCCGCCCCCUCUUCGUCGACAUCGGCGGCGGCACAGGCCGCACCUGCAAGGAACUCAAAGAAGCCUUCCCCCACCUCCCCGGCCGCAUCAUCAACCAAGACCGCGCCCCGGCCCUCGCCGCCGGCCUCACCGUCGACGGCCUAGAACACAUGGAACACGACUUCUUCACCCCGCAACCCAUCACCGGCGCCCGCGUCUACUACCUCCGCCGCGUCCUGCACAACUGGCCUCGCGCCAAAUGCGUCGAGAUCCUCACGCACUGCGUCGCGGCUAUGGCGGCCGACUCGCUGCUCAUGAUUGACGAGAUUGUGCUGCCGGAGCGGGGCGCGCAUUGGCAUUUGGCGUAUGCGGAUUUCACGAUGAUGGCGCUGUUUGGGGGUGGGUGUCGCUCGCGUGCGGAGUUUGAGGGGAUUUGUAAGGAGGUGGGUCUCAGGGUUGUGCGGGAGUUUGUGUAUAUGGUGGAGUCGGGGGAGACGGCGUUGGUGGCGGAGAAGGUGUGA